UGUGCAGCCUGAAGCUUGAAUGGAGACUCUCCGCAGCAGCUCCUGCAUUAGCAUUUGAUGCAGACUUCUAGCAGCGUUCAGUCGGCGGACCCAGCGCCGCGGAUGAACUUCAACAAAACUUUGCUCAUCGGGGGUUAAUGCAUCCGGAAUAAAACACUAACGACGCAAUUUCACUCGGGAGUUUUAACCUUGUGCGAGUUAGAGACGUGGUCUGGGCGUGACUCGGGUUGAGCGUAUGUAAACUAGCUGCGGUUGGGAGAGGCGCAGACGGGACUAGGUUUCUCGGCGGAGUGGCACUAAAUCCGCGGCGCAACAGACUACCGGUGCACAGUCCGCCGCUGAGCUCGAUCCAGACGGCCCGAGUGCGCUAAAACUGGAGGGUUUAAGUCCGGGAUGCCUCCGUGUGGCGUUUAAUAAACAACAACAGCAACCCGUCUUCAGCUAAAUAACGCUCUCGUCUCCACCGUUUGGACCGUCUGAAGAGCAGCCGUCCCCCCGCGUUUUGUCCAGACCGACGGACUUCUCGACUCUGGAAGGACUUAACUGAACUCAAGAUGUCAAUUUUGCCUUUCACUCCCCCCAUUGUCAAAAGACUUUUGGGCUGGAAGAAAGGGGAGCAGAACGGCCAGGAGGAGAAGUGGUGCGAAAAGGCCGUGAAAAGUCUGGUGAAGAAGCUGAAGAAGACGGGGCAGCUGGACGAACUGGAGAAAGCCAUCACCACCCAGAAUAUCAACACAAAAUGCAUCACUAUACCAAGGUCUCUGGAUGGCCGUCUGCAGGUUUCCCACAGGAAAGGUCUGCCCCAUGUCAUCUACUGCCGUCUGUGGCGCUGGCCCGACCUGCAGUCCCACCAUGAGCUGCGGGCGGUGGAGCUGUGCGAGUACGCCUUCCACACGAAGAAGGAUGAAGUGUGUGUCAACCCGUACCACUACCAGAGAGUAGAGACACCAGUGCUCCCACCAGUGCUGGUGCCCAGACACACAGAAAUCCCCAGUGAGUUCCCACCGCUGGAUGACUACAGCCAUUCAAUCCCUGAAAACACCAACUUCCCUGCUGGAAUUGAGCCCCAGAGCAACUACAUACCAGAAACGCCACCACCAGGCUACCUCAGUGAGGAUGGAGAGACCAGCGAUCACCAGAUGACCCACAGCAUGGACACAAGCUCCCCAAACCUGUCACCUAACCCAGUUUCACCCACACACAACAACUUAGACCUUCAGCCAGUGACAUACUGCGAGCCGGCCUUCUGGUGCUCUAUUUCAUACUACGAGCUGAACCAGCGAGUAGGAGAGACCUUCCACGCCUCACAGCCCUCACUGACUGUGGACGGCUUCACGGACCCCUCCAACUCAGAGCGUUUCUGCCUGGGCCUGUUGUCCAACGUCAACCGCAAUGCAUCUGUGGAGUUAACACGCAGACAUAUCGGCCGUGGUGUGCGGCUGUACUACAUCGGAGGAGAAGUGUUUGCUGAGUGUCUCAGCGACAGCGCCAUCUUUGUCCAGAGCCCCAACUGUAACCAACGCUACGGCUGGCACCCCGCCACAGUCUGCAAGAUCCCUCCAGGAUGUAACCUGAAGAUCUUCAACAACCAGGAGUUUGCUGCCUUGCUGGCCCAGUCAGUCAACCAAGGGUUUGAGGCUGUGUACCAACUCACCAGGAUGUGCACCAUCCGCAUGAGCUUUGUCAAGGGCUGGGGAGCAGAAUACAGGCGACAGACAGUGACCAGCACCCCCUGCUGGAUCGAGCUCCACCUGAACGGCCCCCUGCAGUGGCUCGACAAGGUGCUCACACAAAUGGGCUCCCCCAGCAUCCGCUGCUCCAGCGUCUCCUAGGGAAGCCCUUCAUCCACCCACUUCCUGUACACCACGUCUCGUGUUUUCUUAGUCUCAGCGACUAAAACAACACGGACUUCAUGCAGACAAGAAUGGCUACACAAGUACGGAAAGAUGAUGAGCCCCCCUCAUUCAGCCAAUCCUCAAUCUUUAACUCAGUCCUUCCUCCCCCCCAGCUGUCAGUAGCACUUUUUAUAUACAUGUUGUUUGUGGCAAAAGGGGACAAGUGCAUUAAAGCAGUACCAUGUUAGUAUGAUCUCCACAUUUUGUCCAGAAUUAUUUUGAUGGCAAAUUUUUUGCUGUAGCAAUGGGAAGAGAUGUUUUUUUUUUUUUCUUCAGUUAAGAGUUCUAAUUUUUUUCACUCUUUUGUUGAAAUUUCAUUUUCAUGAUAUUUACAUUUUUGUACAGAUGUUAAAGUGAAACGUGGAUUUUAAAAAUGAAUUUAAUUUUUUUAAGCAUUAAUAACAACUUUGUAAAGCAUGUGUAAGAUCACGUUAAAUGCAUUUCACUUGACUUUGUUUUCUGUAUUCUGGCAUUUGAUAGGUUAUGAAGAUAAUGGAAUAAUGGCAAUGGUUAACCAUCAUUUGUAAACACUGUGUGAAGGAAUAUACUGUAAGCCUAAUUCAAAUAUUUGUUUUCAUACUGUCAUUUUAUGCAGCCUGUGUUACUCUUAUAAGGCAAAUAACUACACCUUUGAGUUUCAGACAGAAACGAAUUAUCAAGGAAUCAAAACUUUUUUGAUCCGUCUAUUUAAAGACAGUGGUAUUCAUCAGAUGUCAUCAGGAGAUGAUGCACUUUUGUAAAAUGUCGAUAUUCUAUUAAGGCAAUGUGGACAAAGUACAUUCAGUGACAGUUGUAGUUCGUAGCUUCAGUAGUGCUUGUCAGAGGGCGACGUGAAAUAUAGCCUGCAUUAAUUUCAGGAAGCUUUGCCAAUUUGCAAAAUACGUUUGUAGCAUUGCAAUGUGUACCAGGUAGUACAAAAUAGGCAUUUACACAGAACUUGAAAACAUCUCACAUACUGUACUAUUCUGCAAACUUUUAGUCAAAUGACAAAUUGAACACACAAAAUGUGGUUGGAAUACUUGUGUGUGACAGGAGUACUCUGCAGAAAGAUGCCUUUGAUAUUUUAAUUUUCUCUCUCAGCAGUCCAUGACAUUGGUCUUAUUUUUAACCAUCAGUAAUAUUGACUUUUUUGCACACUCAGGACCGUAAAAAAAACCAACAAAAAAAAACCAGCUGAAUUAUGUACAGACACCAGUGAAAAUGACAAAUGUGUGACUCUUGAGACUUUAAAGUCUAUUUUGCUACCAAUUAUUUUUGUAGGACAAUAAGGUGACAACGUGUUGACGACUUUGUCCUCGUCAAGUGUUUUUACAUGACAUGGCAGAAAAUACUGCGGGCAGGUGUGGGGAUACUAACUUUGUAUUUUUCUACCUGUGAAGAUGAGGCAGUUUCAGUACAAAUCACAGCUUUUUACAAAGGGAAAUGUUUAGAUAGACAGAGGCAUGUAAAUAACUAGCUCCUUAAAAUCAGAUGUCCCUAUUUUUUAGGUCUAUGUACAUGUAGUACAUAUGUGUUAUUAUGUGACCAUUAACCUUUAUAAAGUUGAUGGUUUUGGAAGCAGGAGAAAAAAAAGAAGUUUAAAAUGCAAAAAAAAAAAAAAAAAGAAAAAAAAAGUUUAAAUAAAUAAAUAAAACGUUUAAGUUGGGAAAAGCUAUUGGUGAAAUAGAAAAACAUAGUCUUAGCUUUGGUCCCAUUUCCUUUGAGCCACCCACUGUGGUGGAAGUGGAUCGAUUUCCUUCUGGUUCUAUAACACUAGACAAAGACACAGUGGGUGAACAUGGACAAUAUUUUGAAUCUUUUUACAGUACUUAUUUACAUUAACCCAGCUUUUGAUGUCAAUGCCAGCCCAGUGGUGCUAAUCUUCAACAUUUUAGGGAAUCAAGAGAACAGCAAAGCCAUGAGAUUUUACUUGUACUUAAAGUUGGUAGAUUUUGAUCUGUGUCAAAUGAUAAUGACUUGUGAACCUUCAAAUUAUAAUUUCAGAUUGUUUCAGAACCAGUAGCAUCUACCAAUCUGAGACAAGACAGCUCUUUUUAGAGCUUCUAGUGUCCUUGAACACAGCAGUCCUGAUCCUAAUGGGCUUUUAAACCCCAUAUUCAAUGUAAUUACCCAGUAGGGAAUAUUUUGCAAGCAAAUUUGUCAUUUUUUAUACUCUCUUAAAGUUAUAGUGCUUGUGUUUUUCCCCCUUGUUUAAAUUUUUCACUGUAAUCGUUAUUAUUAGUUGUGAUUUAUGCUUUUGUGCUCUGAAUUGGUCUUUCUAGAUGUCAUGUAUAAAAUUAUACCCUUUAUUUUUCUCUGCCUAUAAAACGUUGAUGUGAUGCUUUAUAUUUUUGUUUAUUAUAGUUGGUCUAUGAAUAAAAUAUAUAUCUUGUGGUGAGCCCAGGGUCAACGUGCCAAGUAAGAGGGGAACUGAAGCUGGGUUGUACAAACGAUAAAUGUUCAAACCACAUCUUUAUUUCAGUAACCGUCAAAGUUAGUUUUGUUUCCAGUCACAUUCACUUUGUUGAGCGUAGUAGAUCAAAAAUGGAAUAAUUCAAAAUUAGAAAUUAGAACAGUUAUUUUGCUAACUUCAUUUUAUAGCUUAACAAGUUCUGUAAGCAUGAAAUAUACUUAAAGGUGGACAUUACAGGCCUCUCUGGAGACAUCUCAGGUUAUAGAGUCGUCUGUCUGUUUCCCUCUAAAGUUUGGGGAUUUCCUAGUCUGUGGUAAAUAGCUUGGCACUGUCCUCAGAAGCAGACAGAAACCAUAAUUACAGGCCCAAAGCAUUCAUCUCUUGUUUCUUCGCUUGCUGCUGUGCUACGAGCUAAUGCAAACCAAAACCAUUGCUGCUGUCACAGACACGGCGUGGCUUUGAAUGAGAAUGCCGUCUUUGUUCUGAUUCCCGUAAGGUAAAGACGACGGAACAACCUGCUAGGGACUUCAAAAGCCACUUCACCGUGGUGACAAAUAGCUUGGGUGCGUGAGAAAACCAAUUGUUGACGUGAGAGCGUGGCAGGACCGAAGCCAAGUGGUGUCUCGUUCUGCCAGCUCACUCGUUAAAAUAUCUGGGAUCUGGAUGCAGUAGCAAGGCUGUUCAUUGUGAAUUUUUGACAUUUUUGUAGUGUAUCAGAUCUUGGUGGGCCUGAGUGCCUCCAUUGUGCGACGGCAUCAAAAGCUGAAGCAGGAACUUCUGCAGAAUCGACUUUACAUUAACACAGUGUGUGUGUGUGUCUGACUCCACCACACUCUCCUGUCGUCAGAGCCGCCCGAGCCUCAUUCCAGACAAGACACACGCGUUUAAUAAUUGACUGUGGUUUGCCGGAGAGUCAAACACAGGACAAUCGUGAAUCAUUGAUUGACACUGUAUAUGUGUAUGUGUGCAGGUGCAUAAAUUAAAUCUGGAGCUGCUCUAGUAAAAGAAAUGAAAAGGAGGAAGAAUUGUUU